UCCGUGCCGUCAAACCACAGCGCAGCUACGUCACUUCCGUCCAGGCCGGAACCGAAGAUGGCGGCGCUCUUGUUGAGACAUGCUGGCCGUCAUUGCCUCCGUUCCCACCUUAGUCCUCAGUUCUGCAUCAGAAAUGCUGUGCCUUUGGGAACCACAGCCAAAGAAGAGAUGGAGAGGUUCUGGAAUAAGAACACAGGGUCAAACCGUCCUGUAUCUCCCCAUGUCACUAUCUACAGGUGGUCUCUUCCCAUGGUGAUGUCCAUUUGCCAUCGUGGUACUGGUAUGGCCUUGAGUGGAGCGGUCUCUCUGUUUGGUGUGUCAGCCCUGUUGCUCCCUGGGAACUUUGAGUCUUACUUGGAAUUUAUAAAGUCUUUGUGUCUGGGGCCUUCACUGAUCUACACAGCAAAGUUUGCACUUGUCUUCCCACUCAUGUACCACACCUGGAAUGGGAUCCGUCACUUGAUGUGGGACCUGGGAAAAGGCCUGAAGACUGCCCAGCUCUACCAAUCUGGGGUGGCUAUCUUGGCUCUUACUGUGUUGUCCUCUGCGGGGCUGGCAGCCAUGUGAAGAGCUGACAUUCACAGCAUCAUCUUCCUACAAAUUAAUUGUCACAAAUUGCUUACCUUCCUGCUCGUCGCUCUUAUCUCCAGCCAACAAAGUUACCUGAUCUGUGUGGAUCCUUCUGUGUUUGCAGAUCCCCCUUAGCUCAGUAGACUGGCUUGUAAAACCACAAUAAUAGAAAGGGUCCAGUUUUUCCCUUGUUUCUCACGAUGGAAUGGCUGUAAAAACGCCCUUUUCUUACCCACAGCUUGCAGCCUACUCUGGGCCUAGAAGCCCUUAUUCUCUCUCCACAUUGGGCUUUGAUUUGUGCUGAGGGUCAGCUUUUGGCUCCUUCUUCCUGAGACGGUGGAAACAAUGCCAGCUCUGUGGCUUGUGCCAUGGGGGCUGGGGGUGAGGCUUUGGGUGCCACUGCCUGUGGGUUGCUGGCUUAAAGGACAGUUCUGUUCAUUGGUCAGAGCUCAGGGUCUUUAGCACCCACACAGUGUGACUGAAAGAAGGGAAGUGAGGAUGGAAGGGAAUUGUCCUGGCCCAGCUAGAGGGAGGUAAAAAGGAUGGGAUGGUUCUCGGAGCACGUGCCCUAGGAGGCAUGGCUUUUGAUAGAAGAGGAAGAUCCAGAAAAUUGUCAUUAGCUGUUUUUGUCUCUGGUUGAUUUUUGUUUUGUUUUGUUUUGUUUUGUUUUUGCAUUUAUGGGAAAAAAAAAAUCCCUUCUAUUGUCAUGUUUUCUAAUCCAAGUUCAUGUACCAUCUUUUCUGAAACAAUUAAAAUACUUAUUUUAUCUUUCA